CGAGCGGCGCAGCCCCGCCCGCGCCCCGUCCCGCCGCCCGCGCCAUGUCCCGCGCUCCCGCCGGGCCCGCCGUGCCCGAGGACGUCUGCAGCCUCCUGGCAGAUGUUGAAACAUUUAUUUCCCGAGUGCUAAAAGGAGAAAAUCUAUCCAAGAAAGCAAAAGAAAGAAGGGAACUUCUUCUUAAGAAGAUAGAGGAUGCUAAGGCAAGUUACUCUUGGGAGUUCCCGGAGGAAGAACCGGAAGAUGAGGACAAGUCUGAGAACUCUCUUUCUUCGCUUCCUGAUAGUGUCUCAAUAGCGUCUUACCGAUAUGAUAAAGAGGAUGAAGCACCUUCUGAUGGGAAUCAGUUUCCUCCUGUUGCAGCUCAGGAUCUUCAGUUUGUUCUGAAGGCUGGAUACUUGGAAAAACGUAGAAAAGAUCACAGUUUUCUUGGCUUUGAAUGGCAAAAGCGUUGGUGUGCUAUCAGUAAGACAGUCUUCUACUAUUAUGGAAGUGACAAAGACAAACAACAGAAAGGUGAAUUUGCCUUAGAGGGCUACACCAUCAGAAUGAAUAAUAGCCUUCGGAAGGAUGCAAAGAAACAUUGCUGUUUUGAAAUCUCUGCUCCUGAUAAGCGCAUUUAUCAGUUUACAGCUGCCACUCCCAAAGAAGCAGAGGAAUGGGUACAGCAAAUCCAAUUUGUAAUUCAAGAUACAAGAUUUAGUACUAUUCCUGAGGAAGAAUACGAUGAUGUUGGACAAGAGAACAGUGAACUUACAGAUGAUAGCAUUUAUGAAGAACUUAAAGAAGAACGGGUUCCUUCAAAUGUUGAAGUGCCAAGAAAAGAGAGCCAGGAGGAUGUUAACACUGAUUCAGAUAGCGAAAACAUCGAUUAUGCCAAUUUCUAUCUAGGUUUGUGGGACUGCACAGGAGAUGUACCUGAUGAGCUGACAUUUAAACGGGGUGACGUUAUCUACAUUCUCAGCAAGGAGUACGAUGAAUAUGGCUGGUGGGUAGGAGAAAUGAAGGGAACCGUUGGCUUGGUGCCUAAAGCCUACAUAAUGGAGAUGUAUGAUAUUUGAGAGGCCUGGAUGCUUCUGCAGAGUCAAAUCUGGAUACCUUGGAAUUCUGAUACAAGUUGUGCAACAGAUCUUCAGUGCUACAUGGAUUAGUUCCUGCAGUCUUGCUGUCAAAUCCAGAACCUCAUGGCUGAAAGCGUCAGUUGAAACGUAAAAGUACGCUAAAAAACUACCACAUAUGGACAAGGGGCUUGGGCAAGUCAGAGUUAAUACUUUAAAUACUCUUGUUUUGGAGAUGUGCUUUGCCAUUAGCAUGCAAGAUCCACUUUUUUGAACCUUCCCACACAGUUGAUUUGUGAGACCCUUAAUCUGCCAAAGAGGCAGGUCAGGCCAGUCUUCGAGUUGCUGAGCCUGUGCAGGUCCCUGUGUAUUUGCUUGCGCUGUUUUCGCUUGAGGCGGACACUGAGAACAGUGUGGGUUAAAAGGUAACGUUAGUCUGAACUGGGAAUUCGGAUCCUUUCAGUAAACUAAGAUGUUGUGCUUUGUGUUAGAUAAUGUAUGGUCCUUGCUGGUACACUGGAUUCUAAUAGACGUCAAACAGGGUACGGAGUUUUGUUUUAAUUUUUUAAAAAGAGAUUGUCAUUGAAAUGGAUCCUGUGCGUUAUCAGCAAAGCAUUAAAAUGAUAGAUUAUAGUCUU